AUGGUGGAGUUGAACUGUGAUUUGGGGGUCCUCCUGGACUCGCAGCUCCUGCUCGAGAAGCAGUGGCGGCUGUGGCCGGGGGGGGGGCCUUUGCGCAGAGUCAUCUUCUUCACCGAUUCCGCCCAUUCCUGGACCGAGAGGCCCUGCUCACGCCCCUCUCUCUCUCUCUCCCUCUCCCUCCACAGCGACUUCCUGAUCCUUCCCGGCUUCAUUGACUUCACGGCAGAUGAAGUGGACCUGACCUCUGCCCUGACCCGGAAAAUCACCUUGAAGACGCCCCUCAUCUCCUCCCCUAUGGACACCGUCACAGAGUCAGAUAUGGCCAUUGCCAUGGCGCUGAUGGGCGGGAUCGGGAUCAUCCACCACAACUGCACCCCGGAGUUCCAGGCCAACGAGGUCCGCAAAGUCAAAAAGUUUGAGCAAGGCUUCAUUACUGACCCGGUGGUCCUGAGCCCCACCCACACCGUGGGGGACGUCUUUGAGGCCAAGAUCCGGCACGGCUUCUCGGGCAUCCCCAUCACGGAGACGGGCAAGAUGGAGAGCAAGCUGGUGGGGAUUGUGACUUCCAGGGACAUUGACUUCCUCUCCGAGAAGGACUACCGCACCCCCCUCAGUGAGGUCAUGACCAAUCGCAAUGACCUCGUGGUGGCCCCGGCGGGCGUCACCUUGAAGGAGGCCAAUGAGAUCCUGCAGCGGAGCAAGAAAGGCAAGCUGCCCAUCGUGAAUGACACAGAUGAGCUGGUGGCCAUCAUCGCCCGCACUGACCUGAAGAAGAACAGGGACUACCCUCUGGCCUCCAAGGACUCGCGCAAGCAGCUGCUGUGUGGGGCGGCCAUUGGCACCAGAGAGGAUGACAAGUACCGGCUGGACUUGCUGGUGCAGGCCGGCGUGGACGUGGUGGUGCUGGAUUCAUCUCAGGGAAACUCCGUCUAUCAGAUCAAUAUGGUUCACUACAUCAGGCACAAGUGUCCAGAGCUGCAGGUCAUUGGGGGCAAUGUAGUGACAGCGGCCCAGGCCAAGAACCUCAUCGAUGCUGGUGUGGACGCGUUGCGUGUGGGCAUGGGGUGUGGUUCUAUCUGCAUCACACAGGAAGAGCCGCCUUCGCCUCCCUGGCUGCACCCCGUGGCUCUCCUGAGCUGCCAGGGCGGCCGAGGGCUGGGCCGGACCCACGGUGGCCCCUUCCUGCCUAUGACUCUCCCUCCCUCAGUGAUGGCGUGUGGCCGGCCUCAGGGCACAGCCGUGUACAGAGUGGCAGGGUCCGCCCGCUGGUUUGGGGUGCCCGUGAUCGCGGAUGGUGGGAUCCAGACGGUGGGCCACGUGGUCAAGGCGCUCUCUUUGGGGGCCUCCACAGUCAUGAUGGGCUCCCUGUUGGCUGCCACCACGGAGGCGCCCGGCGAAUAUUUCUUCUCCGAUGGCGUGCGGCUGAAGAAGUACCGGGGGAUGGGCUCUCUGGACGCCAUGGAGAAGAACUGCAGCAGCCAGAAGCGCUACUUCAGCGAGGGGGACAAAGUGAAGGUGGCGCAGGGCGUCUCCGGCUCCAUCCAGGACAAGGGCUCCAUCCAGAAGUUUGUGCCGUACCUGAUUGCUGGUAUCCAGCAUGGCUGCCAGGAUAUUGGCGCCAAAAGCCUCUCCGUUCUGCGCUCCAUGAUGUAUUCAGGGGAACUAAAGUUUGAGAAGAGGACGAUGUCAGCCCAGAUUGAGGGGGGAGUCCACGGUCUCCACUCGUACGAGAAGCGGCUGUACUGAGGAGGGCUUCCAGAGCAGCGGCUAGUGACUGGCUUCGCCCCCCGCCCACGGCCACUGUCGCGCCUGGCCAGCACGCCACCCUCUUCUCUCGCGCCUGGCUUGGCUGCAGGCAAGACUUGCACUUGGGGCUGCCUGGCUGGCGGCACCUUGCCACGUGGCAUCUCUCGCCCGGUGCUGUGGCCGUGGCCGUCAGACUCCAUGGGGGGCACCCCUCUUGGGCUUUCCGCCAGCGCCUUGCUCCGGCUUCCAGGUAGGGGGGCGUUGGGGGAGUCUCCCAGCCCCCCUCAGCUCAGGCUCCCUGCCCUGCAGCUGCCCCCCAGAGCUGCCCCCAGGAAGGCAGAGGGCUCCCCAGGAAGUCGGGGAGGAGAUGGCUUCCUCCCCCGGCUUGGGGGGUGAGGCGGGAGGAGCUGCAAGCGGACGAAUUGCAGGACAGCUGCUGCCAAGGGGUGGAGGGAGCCUCUGUCCCAACCCUUGUGCCCCCCGUCCCAGCCCGAGGCCAUCCUCUGCCAGAUCUCCUGCUGGCUGUCCUGCCCCCGACUGCAGCCUCAAUGCUUCUCUGGGGGAAGAGGAUCUUGGCUAGGAUUGGGUGGGGCCCGCCCCCCCCCCCCACAUUCCCUCCCAAUGCUGUAAUUUUCGUGCAUGCCGGGGCCCUAUGUUGUGUCCCUGUAUUCUCAGAUAAUAAAAGCAGCACAGUGUCAUUAUCAAACGGUCAUGCUGG